AUGACUGAUAACUACAAUUUUAAAGAUAAUUACCUAAAUAAAAACACAUAUCUUUCCUAAAUAGAUGCUUAAACAGAAUAAUCUUAGGAAUUCCCACAAAACUCUAAAUUAAUUAACCAAAAUACAGAAAGCCUCUUUUGUCUUACAAAAUAUUAAGAAUCAAUCAAAUAAAAAAUAGAUACUAGUAUAUUUGUUAAAUGCGAGCUAAAAAAUACAGAGAUUGAUUUAAAAUAAAAGAACUCAUUUAAUUUAGCAGAUUCGUAUGCUGACAUAGAAGAAGAUGAUGAUGAUACUAAAGAAACAAUUAACUCUAUAAAUAGCUUAAAAAUAAAAAAUUUUACAUACAAUUCAGGAAUCUGCGAUACUGAAAAUAAGCGUAACACGAAUGAAAUAUCUAAUUACUCAACAAUCCAUUCUCAAAUUUUAAAAUCUAAAGUAUUGGAUUCAGAUUAAAAACAAAAAAACUUUAUUGAUGAUAAGGAAGAAGAAAGUUAUGAUUAAGAUGAAAAUUAAAGCAAAAAAAGUUUAGAUAAUUCGUAUUAUUAAAAAACUGAGAAAAGCAUGAUGAGUAGUAUAAAAAGUUCUUUACAUAAAACUAUUACCUUCUAAGACCUUAAUUAAAAAAAUGCAUGUGAAAGCAAUGAAGAAGAUUUUAAGAAAUUAUUAUAUUUACUUCAAUAAAAUUAGGUUGAUAAAAUCAAAAAAUUACAUUAUCUAGAUUAAUUUUCUUAAGAGAAUUUAAAAACAAUUAGUAAAUCAACAUUGAAAAGAUCUCAAACAUUUGAUCAGAACUAAAGUAAAAUAAUUUGA